GCCCCCUCCCCCCACAAUGCAACAGCUGAAUCCCCCCGUCGCACACCUCUGCUGCAACCCGACUGAUCCUUUUGCGAGAUAUAUUCGGUCCCCUUGCUCUUGCUAGCGUUGUCACCAACAUCGACGUUGCUUGAGUAACAAGUAUGCACGUCUUCAACGACUCGCCUGUUCUGGCCGCCAUGCUCCACUGGCUCAGAGCUCCAAGUAUUUGGGUUUGGCUGGUUAUGGCUUUUGCAGUGGCAAGACUAGUGCAUACAUUCAUUCAUAGACUACGUGACUAUCAGGCUGAUCUUGCGCUGGCACUCAAGCACGGAUGUGAAAUGCCUCCGGAGCUGACCAAAAAGUGGCCGCUCGGCAUCGACAGGAUCAAACAGCUCUGGGAAACCAAUGCAGAUGGUCAUUUGUUAGCCUUCCUCUGUUCGAUCGCAAAGGAUUACGACGGCCGCAACAAUCUUUGCCAGUAUCUUCUUUUUGGACCACGGGCCUACCACAUUCUUCACCCUGCCAACGUGGCGACACUCUUGUCAACGAAUUUCAGGGAUUACGGAUUCGGCUGCAGGCCUGCCGUGUUUGCACCUCUCCUGGGCAACGGGAUUUUUACACAAGAAGGUGAAGCAUGGAGGCAUUCUAGGGAACUACUCAGAAAACAAUUCAUGCGAGCGAAGUAUCAACAGCUUGAAGGUUCAUUUUCGGAACAUGUCGGCAACCUCCUCGAUUGCAUCCCAGCUAGUGGUGUCGUGGAUCUUCAGCCACUCUUCUUCAGCCUGACUCUAGAUACAACAACGGCACUGCUGUUCGGCCGCUCUGUCUACAGUCUCAGGGCGAAUAUUGAUCAAGCUGUAGAAAACAGAGACUUCGCCAACAGCUUUGAGCUCGCGCAGGAAGGGCUUGCUAAAAGAUUCCGUAUCGCACCUUUCCACUUCCUCUACAACCCGACAGACUUCCGCCUAGCCUGCAAGACUGUUCACUCCUUCGUUGAGAAAUACAUCCGACAAACAAGAUUGGCCGAGAUCGAAGCAAAACGCAACGCUGGUGCAGAUGGCAGCAAUAUGACGACGACCUGGUUCAUCGACCAAGUCGCUGCUGAAUCUGACUCAGAAACCGACCUUCGAGAUCAGCUGCUUAAUGUGCUACUGGCAGGACGCGAUACGACUGCCUGUUGUCUGUCAUGGAUGUUCCGUCUUCUCGUCCGCCAUCCACCUGCCAUGGCACGCCUCCGAAGUGAAGUUGCUUUGGCCAUGAGAGGGGAGACUCAUCCAGGUCGGGAACAGAUAAGGAAAAUGCCGUUUCUGUCCUGUGUCAUUAAAGAAAGUAUGUUCCAUUCCCUAGAUGUUUGACCUGGACAGCAUCACGAUCUUUCUCGUGCUAACGAUCGACCAUUUUUACAUUAACUAGCUUUGCGGCUGUACCCAUCUGUACCUCUGAAUAACCGCGAAGCCAUCAAAACGACUAUACUGCCCACAGGUGGUGGGCCAACCGGGAAGAGCCCAAUUCUGGUGCGAAAAGGUGAACUAGUAGUCUACUCGCAAUAUGUGAACUCACGCAUGAAGAGUAUUUACGGCGAGGAUGCUUCUUACUUUCGUCCAGAGCGGUGGGAAACUGGGGAGCUGUCUGAAAUUGGCUGGGACUAUUUUCCUUUCAGCGAUGGUCCGCGGCAAUGCCUCGGAGAGGAUUUCGCGUUGAUGGAGGUUUCAUACACACUCGUGCGAAUAUUGCAAACAAUUGUAGAGAUUAAGCUUCCUGAAGGAGACAUACUUGAGCAAGUAGGACUAGAACGGCAGCGGUUGACGUUAGUGAUGUCAAGCGCUGAUGGUUGUCGAGUUUACACGAAGAAGACAAGAUAGAUACAUAGAAACAUAUCUCUACUUAUUAAUAUAAAAGGUUAAGUUACUCUCUUUCUUUAAAA